AUGGAAAUUUUACUCAAGAAGAAUCUUUAAAUCUAAUCAUUAAUAACGUGCUAAAGAAAUUCAAUAAGAUAGGAACGAAUGGUAAAAUCUCAAGCCAUUAAUUAUUAACUAAUCCAAGAAUGUUCAAUUCCAUAAAAAGAGAGUUGUUUUGCAGUUGCUAUUAAUAAGGAUUGUUCAACAUAAUUGGUUAAAUUUGAAUCGCAAAUUAAAGUGUUUGAAUUUAAAUAAGGAGUGAUGCAACUAAUUUAAUGUUUAUCUGAACAUCAGAAAUGGGUUGUUACUUCAAAUUUCAGGAAGAAAUUGAAUUAAUUCAUAUUUGAAAGCUAUGAUAAUUGA